UCAUUGUUAAUAACAACACCACUAACAACAACAACAGUAGAAUAAUUAUUUUGUUUAGUUAUUACAGUGAUUAGGUGCUGGUCGACGUGACGUUAAUAGACUUGCACUUUUUUGAUAUUACGGACACGUGAUUACGAUUUUUCUUCAUAAUUCUUAAAUUGAGUGUGUUCCAAAAAUGACUACAGAUUAACAAGUAUCUAAUUGGUGCGUUUUUUAAACUAGUUAAAAGAAGGAUUUGAGGGAGACAGGUUUUAAAAGGAUAUGCAUUUUAAUUAUCCUUUAAGAUGGGUAUUAAUUUUGGCUGGUGGACAAUUCUUAAACUUAUAGAAGUCGGUUUAGUUAUUGCCUGUUUAAUAACAAAAGGGGUGACAGAUCACGAGGCAACAAAAAUAUUCCUUUAUCUUCAAAAAUUAUCCAGAGAAUGGAGCUUACUGAAUAAUGUGACAUGGGAUAGGGUGGGAGCAGCGGUAGCUGAUGCAACCUACGGGGGAUUUCUGAUAAUAACAAUAGGGUUGUUUUUGGGGAGGCUCUUCGGGGAACUUCCCACAAAACGAAGAAUCACUGAAAUCGUUUUACUGGGCAUAGGAAUUAUUUUAUUCGUUAUUCUGGGUAGUCUGGAAUUCGCAGCCUUGGAUUCAGUUCCACACGAUCUAGUAGAUAAUGCAGCAAUAUUGGGUUGCUUUUCUUUGGCGACGGCCAUCUUGUUCCUUAUAGACUUGGCAGGACCCAGGAAAAAGGACACCAAAGAAUCUAUCAAAACAGAGUCUAAAUAUUCCCAAACCAAAAUUGGAUCCGACUCGUACGAAAUCGAAUCUGAGAAGAAGCCUGUCACUGUUAUCAGCCAAGAAUACCACGACGGACACAUGUCGAAAGAUAAGCCUACGAUCCAUGGAUAUAGUUACACAAAUGGAUUGAGUCAGACCGAUUUGAAUAAUAAAGUGACUGUUGGUGGACAAUACGGACUGAAGCAGAAUGGCUAUCACAAAUUAAAUGAUAAACCUUUGGAGCCUAAGUUCGACAUUUAUGGAAAAGACAAAAGGAAGUCUACCGAUUUUGAAAAAGAUGCCGAAGUCGAUGAAGUCAUAUCGCAAAUUGUUAAACAUGAACCUGUUUGGAGUAGAAUAAGAAAAGGUAAGGAAUUGGUUUAUCUUUAAAGAGAAGAAACGUAUCCAACUAUGGUGUAGGUUUGUGUCUAAUCAGUGUAUUGUAUAAAACAAAAAGAAUAAACAUUUUUUACGUUAUAA